AUGUCAGCCUCCUACGCCGCGCCGCUGCUGGUCCUGGUGCUCGCCUCGGCCUCUUGCUUCGACCUCUUACCCGAGGAGGCCGCCCCCCGCAGGGCCCGCUUCUCCUCCAACAGCCCGGCCGACGUGGCGCGAUGCCUGAAUGGCGCCGUGGCGGUGGGCUGCGGCUUCUUCUCCUGUCUGGAAAACUCCACGUGCGACACGGACGGGAUGCACGAGAUCUGCGAGCUCUUCCUCCACACGGCGGCGACGUUCAACACGGAGGGUAAAACUUUCGUCAAGAAGAGUCUGCAGUGCAUCGCUCAGGGAAUCGGCAACAAGGUUUUCCAAACCAUCCGCCGAUGCAACAUCUUCCAGAGGAUGAUCGCUGAGGUGGAGGAGGAGUGCUUCAGCAGCCUGGACAUCUGCACGGUCGCUCGCACCAACCCGGACGCCUUCGGGGAGGUGGUGCAGGUGCCCGCCCACUUCCCAAACAGGUACUACAGCACGCUGCUUCAGACGCUGCAGGCGUGCGACGAGCAGACGGUGGGGGCGGUGCGAGGUGGCCUGCUGGCCCGUUUGGGGCCCGACAUGGAGACCUUCCUCCAGCUGGUCCAGAACAAAGAGUGCGACGCCGGCCAGGCCGCCGCCGCCUUCAGCAACCCGGCCAGCUGGAGGAACGUCCCCGUCUUCAACGUCCAGCCCGGCUUUCACGGUCGCGACCCCACCCACCUCUUUGCCAAGAAGCGCUCGCUGCAGGGCCAGGAGGCGGGGCCAAGCGGCCACCAGUAG